CCCCCUCCCAGUGCUGGCAUGGUCCCUUCUGGGGACCCCGGCCUUUUCGGAUCCCAGCCUUGUCCUUCCGUGCUGCUCUCGCUCCCUUUGGGAGGACGGGCAAGGCUUGCUGAAGAGCAGCAGAGUUUUCAAUCCCCACCUUCUCCUCCUGCUGCCCCGCUCCCACGCUCGUCCCAUCCACCUUCUACGCUGAAGCGACGUCUCAUCCUUGCUGCUCACAGCUUCGGAGACGGUGUCCACCCCCCUCAAAGGGCAGCUUUGAGGACCUGCUUUAAUCCCCCCCCUCCCCAUGAAACCACCCUGCUCCUCCUCCUUAUUGGAUCCAAUUUGGGCAUGGGGAUCUCAGACUGCCAGUUCCCCUUGGCUUGGCCACAGCAUGUGGAGUUUUCCAACCCUCCUCCCUCGUUUUCCCUCCUUUCUCCACUUCCUUCUGUCUAGUUCUGUAAUGGGUGUCCAUUAGCACAGAGCCACCAAUGUUUCUUUCGCCCCAGCUAGCCUCAGUUCAACCUUCCUUGUGAAUGCCCAAGUCCAAGGAGCUUGUGGAAACAACCACUUCAGACAGUGGAUCUGAUGCUGAGAAUGAAAAGAAAAGGAAAAAAGAGAUGCCGUCCAAGCCAGAGAAAAGACCAAAAACUGAGGCCAAAACUUCCAAGGUGGCAACAAAAAGUCACGGGCAAGACAGUGAAGAGGAGGGCAUGUUCCAGAUUGGGAAGAUGCGCUAUGUCCGCGUGUCCUGCUUUAAGGGGAAAGUCCUUGUGGAUAUCCGAGAAUUCUACAUCGAUAAGGAAGGGGACACUAAACCUGGGAGAAAAGGGAUCGCCCUAUCUGCCGAACAGUGGAACCACUUGAAGGAGAUCAUUCCAGAUAUUGAUGCUGCAAUCAAGAAAUUCUAAGAUGUUGUUUAUUUAAAAUCCUGUAUUUUUCCUGUGUUGUUUUUUUUUUAAUUGCUGUUCUGCAUUGGAUUCCAUCCAGGAGAAAGGUUCAUUUGUUUAGAUUGUGAUAAUCCUCAAGGGGCUAGCGAUUGCUCUAAGGUUUUAAAAUAUAAUGUGGAACAAAUGCAUGAACCUAGAUUCAGUUUUGCUAAAAGAGCCUUUAGCAUCUUCAGCCCCUGUCUGUCCCUAAUGCUUUGCAUAGUGAGUGAUCCCAUCAGUGAUCUGCUGCAUGUAAGAGUCUAACUGGCAUUUCCUGAACUAAAUGGCUAUUGACUAUCAUGCAGAGCUGUCUAGCUGCUCCACAUCUGUUGCGAUCUUCCACUUGGCCGAAUAUUUAGUAAGCAGUUUAGUCCAGCUACCUCCUUGCCACCCUUCCACCUCAUCUAGGCUCUGGAAACGCUGCAUACAGCAUUCUGGCUAUUUCCAUUAGCUUUUGUGUUUGGAACAAUUCCUGUCUCUUCCCCCCACCCCCCUUGAAGAAGGGGAUUGUAGCCCUUCAGCAGGGAAAAUAGCAUGUAGUGGAGGAAUAUGCCCAAUAAACUUGCUUGCAUUACAAAAAAAAAAAAA